UCAAAGCAGGCAGCUGCUUCCAUUUCCAACGACAAUCAAACCGACCGUUCAUUAAGAAUCUGUAAGGAAAAAAAGAUAAUCUUGUUCCAAUUCUUUUUGCAGCUUCCCCUCCCGUUUCUACCCUUCUGUGACGAUCACCUCUGCAAACCCAAACAUCCGAACCCCCAUCUCCCCAUCCAAUUGGGGAAAAGGGUCUUCUACCCCUCGUUUCUUGAAUCCUGGGUCGGUUACGAUUUUUGUCCUCAUCGGAAGACGUUCUUCUGACAUUCAUAUACAUACGUAAUUUGUUUGACACAUCCAUGGGGGUUCAUCAUCUCUUGUUUGUACAUGCUGCUUGAGAGAAUAAGACGACGUUGCAUGGCAGUGAUCUCGUCGCAAUGGAGAAGGUCAUCUGUGGCUUUGUGUUGCCUAUGCUGCUCCUCUCAGCUGGUCUGCUUAAUUGGAGCUUGAUGUCUCUGGUGAAUUUGUCGGCUUUUCUGACUCUUCAGUUUAUUGCUCCAAAAUUAGGUUCCCGGUUUCAGAGGCAGUACUUGGUAUUACGCUCUAUCUGCUUAUUUUCUUUUCUGGCCCUCGUUUCGCACGUGGCUUUCUAUAUCAUUUCCAUCACUGAGGGGGAACAGUGGAGCGCUAUAAACUCUAAGUGGGCAAAGCUAAUUGGAUUUGUCCGAGUAGAUUCAUGGAAGAUGCCAUCGGAAAUAUAUGUUUUGGUCAUUCAAAUAUUGGUCGCUUUCAUUGCUAUACUAAAAUUAUCCUACCGAAACCGGCUUGGACCGGCUUCUGAGACACAUACAUGUCUCGAACGUAUAUGUUCUUCUCUUGAACACAUAGGUUCACAUGUCAGAGUUCUAUGCUAUUUGUUGUUACCACCAAUACAGCUAAUUGUCGGGAUAAGUCACCCAUCAUGGGCUUCUUUUCCAUUUUUCAUCUGUAGCAGCAUCGGCCUCAUUGAUUGGUCUUUGACGAGCAAUUUCCUUGGUCUCUUUUGGUGGGGGAGAUAUCUUUUGUUAUAUGCAGGUUCAAACAUAUUCUUGCUCUAUGUAUAUCAGCUCCCCGUCAAGUUUCCCGAACUAUUUGUGCAGUUUGCUGAAUUGGUUGGGCUGUACAAAAUAUCAGCUAAUUCAGAUUUGUCGGAACUUUGUUCAGGCCUUUCCCUCCUGUCAUUCUACAUUCUGUUAUCCUGGAUCAGAUGUGACCUUUCAGAAAUGGAUAAAAUUACAUCUACAAAGGAAAACAGCUUAUCGGAGCGCCUUCUUACCUCGAAGGAUUCAUACUUACUUCUAGAGACAAGAUCUGAUUCAAGGCAGAAUAGCAUCCUAUCAUGGAGGGAGUUUUUUCAGACUUUUAGCAUUAACUUUUUCACUUACGGAUUUCCAGUCUUGCUGCUUGCUCUUUCAUUUUGGAGCUUCCACUUUGCAAGUUUAUGUUCGUUUGGGCUACUUGCAUAUGUUGGCUACACAAUCUAUGCUUUUCCUUCCAUGUUUCAUUUGCAUCGGUUAAAUGGCCUGCUUCUGGUAUUCAUCCUCUUCUGGGCAGCUGGCACAUAUGUCUUCAAUUUGGCGUUCUCUGUUCUGAAUAAGAGACUGUGCGAGGACAUGGAAGUUUGGGAAACUAUCGGUCUGUGGCAUUAUAGUAUCCCGGGUUUGUAUCUUCUAGCACAAUUCUGUCUGGGAAUUCUUGUUGCCAUGGGUAAUCUAGUGAACAACUCUAUUUUCCACUGCUUAUCUGUUGGGCCAAGGCAGGAUGAGAAUUACUUUUUAGAAGAAAGAGAAGAGAUGAAAGUCUUACUUGUUGCUACUGUAGCAUGGUUAUUACGGAAAAGUUAUCGUGCUAUAGUUCUCUGUUUAAUAUAUCUCUUGGCAACCAAACCUGGGUUCUUCCAUGCAGCCUACAUGAUAUUCUUCUUGGUGUACCUAUUAAGCCACAGCAUCAGCAAGAAGUUAUGCCGGUCCUUGAUUGUCAUGUGCCUGGCACAUUUCGCACUUCUGUAUAUCCUUAAUCUUCACCUAAUUUCCAAAUUUUUUGAUCGUGAACGCUCAGCUGCUGCAGAAAUUCUUCAACUGCUAGGUCUCGAUGAUACCAAUUCUUCUGGGGAUUUCGUGAGGAUAGCAGUGCUGGGAUGCAUCUGUGCCAUUCACAAUCACGGGAUCGAUGUGCUGUUUUCAUUUUCUGCAGUUGUGCAGCAAACUCCAUUCCCUCCAGUCGGGUUUAGUAUAUUGCGAGCUGGUCUCAUAAAAUCAGUUCUUUUCUCAGUCUACACUUCACAGUCUGUGCGCAGGCAGCACAUCUUUUCUUCUCACGAGAGGAGGAUAAUGAUGUACUUGAGUGCAAUCGGAGAGAAGAUUCUAUCCCUGUACCGAUCAUGCGGGACCUACAUUGCCUUUCUGACUAUCUUCGUCGCUGUUUAUCUAGUUCGUCCAAACUAUAUUUUUCUAGGAUACCUACUCUUUCUUCUUCUGUGGAUCACUGGGAGACAGCUCUUGCAGAAGACGACGAAGCACCUCUGGUUCCCUCUAAAGCUGUACGCUAUUGUGGUCUUUAUCUUCAUUUAUAGCCUGAGUGUCUUCACCAACUUCCAAUUAUGGCUCUCAGGGUUGGUUGAUCUUUGUUCAGUUCUAGGAUAUGACCCAAAGGCUUCUGUCAAAGAGAAUAUCUCGGAGCCGCUUGCCAUUUUAAUAUCCAUGCAAUUGUUUAGCUAUGAACGAAGAAGGAGCAGAUGUGCAAGUUCUUCUGAAAAUAAUCAAUUUGACAGGGUACAGUUAACGUUCUCCAAACGGCUUCUUAUCUGGCACAGAGAGAAGAUCCUAUAUAUUGCCGUGUUGUAUGCAUCUAUUUCACCAAUAGGUGCAUUUGGGUUCUUGUACAUUCUCGGCCUUGUGAUUUGUUCGAUAUUACCAAAAUCUUCUCAAGUCCCAUCGAAGUUAUUCUUAGUCUACUCAGGAUGGCUAUUGAUGAUCGAUUAUCUCUUCCAAAUGUGGGGCAGCAAAGCGGAGAUGCUCCCAGGCCAGAGGAACUAUUCCUGGUCUCUUUUUCUUGGGUUGAAGUUGCAUGAAUCCACUUUCUGGGGAUUAGAGUCAGGCUUUCGGGGAAAAGUCGUGGUUAUUGUUGCAUGUAUACUUCAGUAUAACAUCUUCCAUUGGCUUGAACAUAUGCCGCAGGAUCGAGCUAACCCUGAGAAGUGGGGAGAAGCUUGUGAUCUGUUCAACUCCAAGGAGGAGAUCCUUAGUGAAAUCACAAACGUAACAAAUGCCAAUCUUUAUGUAGGCAGACGGGAGCAGGCAAUGAGCCAGUCGUGGCCGUCAUUCAGUGCGGAAGUAUCUCAGGGUCAAUGUUCAACGCCUUCCGAGGUAAGAGGCUAUAAUGAAGGUCGGAAAAAGAACCAGUAUCUGUACACGUAUUUCUGGGAAAAUUACAAAGGGAGCCAAAAGUGGAACAGGAGAAGGAUUAUUUACUUUAGGAGAGAGAGACUCCACAAACAGAAGGCAACAUUGAAGAUUUAUACCAAGUUUUGGAUCCAGAACAUUUUUGGCCUCUUCGGUCUAGAAAUAAACAUGGUUGUGCUUCUCCUUGCUAGUUUUGCUGUGUUGAAUGCGAUCUCUCUGAUCUACAUUGCAUGCCUUGCUGCAUGCAUCGUCCUGAACCGACGGCUCCUGCAAAGACUGUGGCCCAUGUUUGUAUUCCUGUUUGCCUCUAUAGUCGGGCUCGAGUAUUUGGCUCUUUGGUUGGACAUGAUAUCUACAAAAAAUAAACAUGGCUCAGUGAAAGCACGAGUGGCUUGCCAUGACUGCUGGAGGAGCUCUGACCAUUAUUUUGACUUCUGCAAGAAAUGUUGGUUUGGAUUCAUUGUUGACGAUCCCCGAAUGCUCAUCAGCUACUACAUGGUCUUCAUGUUCUCAUGCUUUAAGCUCAAAGCUGACCACUUGUCUAAUCUCCCGGGGUCACAGAUGUACCAACGCUUGAUCUCCCACUGCAAGAAUGUGUCUCUUCUGAGUGACCUCUCGUUCGAAACAAAGGAAUUAUGGACACUUCUUGACUAUGCGAGGCACUACAGUUAUUGCCAUUUACUGGACCUUGUUCUUGCUUUAAUUCUGAUAACAGGCACUCUUGAAUACGACAUCCUUCACCUUGGGUACCUUGGCUUUGCCCUAGUCUUUUUCCGAAUGAGGCUUCACAUUUUAAAGAAGAAGAACAAAGUCUUCAAACUCUUAAGGAUUUAUAACUUUGCGUUAAUUGUCCUUUCUCUGGCCUAUCAAUCUCCUUUUAUAGGGGAUUUCAUUGAGGGCAAGUGCGCAACAGUUGAUUAUGUGAGCGAAGUUAUCGGGUUCUAUAAGUAUGACUACGGGUUCAGAAUCACCUCGAGAUCAGCCUUUGUCGAGAUAGUCAUAUUUAUGCUUGUCUCUGUGCAGUCAUUCAUGUUCUCAUCCCAGGAAUUCGACUACGUGUCAAAGUACCUGGAAGCAGAGCAAAUUGGUGCAAUAGUUCGGGAACAAGAGAAAAGAGCUGCAUGGAAAUCUGCUCAGUUGCAAAAUAUACGGAAAUCUGAAGAGCAGAAGAGGCAACGCAAUUUGCAAGUCGAGAAGAUGAAGUCUGAGAUGCUCAACCUCCAAAGUCAGCUCCACAGCAGUAAUACACCUGCCGAGCACGAGAGCUUCUCAAGGAAAAUGAGCUCUGGUUUGAAGAAAUAUAAAGCUGAAGGUGCUGCAGAAAGGCUGAGGAUGAGAAAUCAUGCCACGGGGUAUGACUUUUCAGAUCCAAAGUAUAACUUAUUGUUUCCUAUGGAAAUGGACGGAUCACCAAAGAGUAUUGAAGGAAGUGGCUCCCCAUCUUCUGUGGACUCCGCAAAACUCUCAAUGGGUUCUCUUCGUGAUACAAUGGACUACAAAGAGAGAGAUGCAAGCGUAAGUUUCCAUGAUUCGCGAAAACUGCAGAAGGUUAGACUCCAAAACAAGGACAACCCUCUAAUCUCAGCGGUAAAUCUGAUUGGUGAUGGAGUUAAUCAAGUACAAUCCCUGGGGAAUUAUGCAGUUAAUAACCUUGUUACCUUACUGAACAUUGAACAAAGAGAAAAACUAGAUGGAAAUUCCUCAGAGGAUGAGGAGACAUACUAUGAGAUCGAGAGUCAGAACAUAGGGGGUUUUGAUCACAUGGACCGAGCACACUCGGCCGGAUCUGAUAACAAUCUGGCAGUGCCUGGGUCUUCCCUCGGAGUGAUCAUCCAGUACAUAUGGGGCCUAAUGCAAUCAAAUAACGAUGUUGUCUGUUACUGUUGCUUUGUCCUCAUAUUCCUCUGGAAUUUCAGCUUGCUCUCAAUGGUGUACCUAGGAGCUCUGUUCGUCUACGCUCUGUGUGUGAAUACAGGUCCGAGUCAUCUCUUCUGGGUCAUUGUGCUUAUGUAUAGCGAGUUUUGCAUUCUGCUUCAGUAUUUGUAUCAAAUCAUUAUACAACACUGCGGGCUCUCGAUCCACGUGAACUUCCUACAAGAGCUGGGUUUUCCCGAGAAUAAAAUCAUGUCCUCCUUUGUGAUAAGUACCUUGCCUCUCUUUCUAGUCUACUUGUUUACACUCCUGCAAACCUCGAUAACGGCCAGGGACGUUCAAAAGAUAGGUUUUCCACAAAGGAGGAAUGACUUCAAGGAAGGAAAGGAGGCAAUGAAUUACAGUUGGAAGCACAGAUUACAGACGCUGCUCUCACCCAUAGGCAAUUCGAUCAGUCAUGUCAUCAGAAAUCUCUGUAGGUAUUGGUACUCACUAACUCAGGGAGCGGAAACUCCUCCUUACUUUGUGCAAGUUUCGAUGGAUGUUGAGCAGUGGCCAGAAGAUGGGAUUCAGCCCGAAAGAAUAGAGUCAGGGAUUAAUGAGUUACUAAGUGUAAUGCAUAGCAGGAGAUGCAAGAACCUGAACAGUAAUUUCCAGUCGGCAAGUCGGGUUCGCAUACAGAGCAUCGAGAGAAGUACGGAAAAUCCCCAUAUUGCCCUUGCUGUUUUUGAGGUUCUUUAUGCAUCACCUUUGACAGAAUCCAGUCCAGUGGUAUGGCAAAAUUCUCUUACUCCAGCCGCUGAUGUUGCUCAUGAGAUUUUAAUUGCAAAAGGAGCCUGCAUUUUUGAAGAUAUAGGCUUUCCAUAUCCGAUUGUCUCGAUAAUUGGUGGAGGUAAACGAGAGAUAGAUCUGUAUGCAUACAUAUUUUGCGCGGAUUUGAUGGUUUUCUUCUUGGUCGCUUUCUUUUACCAGUCGAUCAUAAAGAACAAGAGUGAAUUCCUCGAAGUGUACCAGCUCGAGGAUCAGUUCCCGAAGGAAUUCGUAUUUACUCUAAUGGUAAUCUUUUUCUUGAUUGUCCUCGAUCGAAUUAUCUACCUCUGCUCAUUUGCCACAGGAAAGGUUAUUUUCUAUCUUUUCUCACUUGCAUUGUUUACAUACUCCGUCACAAGACAUGCUUGGUACACGGCUCCACCGUAUAAACGAGCAGGAAGAUUGGCACUCCGUGCUAUCUAUCUGAUGAAGGCGGUGUCUCUGGCUCUUCAAGCAAUCCAAAUUCGUUAUGGAAUUCCUCGCGAAAGCACCUUAUAUCGGCAGUUCUUAACAAGUAGUGUAACUAAACUGAACUUUUGGGGUUUCCGUCUUUAUCGAGCCCUCCCAUUCCUGUAUGAGCUUCGAUGUGUCCUUGAUUGGUCCUGCACGACUACAUCUUUGACAAUGUAUGACUGGCUGAAGCUGGAAGAUAUUCACGCAAGCUUGUUCCUUGUGAAAUGUGAUGUGGAUCUGAACAGAGCAAGGCACCGGCAGGGAGAAAAGCAAUCCAAGACGACUAAAUUUUGUGGAGGCAUAUGCUUAUUUCUUGUGUUGAUAUGUGUUAUCUGGGCGCCUAUGCUGAUGUAUAGUAGCGGUAAUCCCACGAACAUUGCUAAUCCCAUCAAAGACGCUAGUGUCCGGGUCGACAUAAAGACAGACAGUGGAAGGCUCACAUUGUUUGAGACCACUCUCUGCCAGAAGCUCUCCUGGAACGAUCUAGUUGAUCAAGCUAAUUUGGAUCCUGAAGGUUAUUCAAGUGCUUACAAUGUGAAGGACAUUCAACUCAUAUGCUGCCAACCUGAUGCCAGCAGGCUGUGGCUUGUUCCCCCAAUGGUCCAAGCCCGAUUUAUCAAGUCUCUUCAGUGGAGCAUGAAAAUCAUUUUUUCUUGGGAACUCACACGGGAUAGACCUAAAGGAAAGGAGGCCGUGAAGUACGAACUGGAAGUUGAAGACAUGAAUCUCCCUGAACCAUCAAAAGUGAUGGAGGUUUUGAAUGGCUCCUCAAAUAGUUUCAGAAUUUAUAAUGUCUACCCGAGAUUUUUUCGCGUCACUGGCUCUGGCGACGUGCGGUUUCUUGAGCAGGAGGUUGAGUUGGUAAGCGGAGAUCUCGUUCUGAAUCGUGGAAACCCAGAGUGGUGGUCGUUUCAUGAUAUCAACGCCCCUCUUGUUAGUGGAUGCGGAAGUUUGGCAGGACCAAUGGCCGUCGUGGUUUCUGAAGAGACACCCCAGGGAAUUCUUGGUGAGACGCUUAGCAAGUUCAGCAUUUGGGGUCUUUAUAUUACAUUCGUGCUAGCUGUUGGUCGUUUUAUUAGGCUGCAGUGUGCCGAUCUCAGGAUGCGAAUACCAUUCGAGAACCUACCUUCUUGUGAGAGAUUGCUGGCAAUAUGUGAGGAUAUAUAUGCAGCGAGAGCAGAGGGUGAGCUCGAAGUCGAAGAAGUUCUCUAUUGGACGCUUGUUAAAAUAUACCGAUCGCCUCACAUGCUUCUCGAGUACACAAAACCUGAUUAGAUCCACCAGAGACCCAGGCACAAAUUAAAUUGCUACUUGUUGGAGCCGUUAAGCUGCAUAUCAAGUCAAGCACAUGGCAAGUGCAGGAAAGACGGCUGAGGCCUGAUUUUAUAUGAACUCCAAUAUCAUACCGGUCCUUGAUCAUAUUGGUGAAUUUUCAUAUCCAUCUUCACCGGGACUGUCACAUCGAACAGGCCCUCCACAUGAUCGGCGGAACCAAACUUUUGUUGUUGCCAUCCUAUAGAUGCUAACUGGUACCAGACUUGUACAGUGUUGGCCGUUACUAGUUAGUAGACUUGGGUAAGGGCGUAGCCAACCAAAUGUAUAAUUCUCGAAGCUAUUACGUCACAGAUGUUUCCUUA